CGCCAAUGCCUUCUUUUCACUAUAUUUUUACAGUAAAGCCCACCAGGGGCUUCUACCAAAGCCUCAAUGCAAGUCAUUUUACGUGGAGGAAAUAUUUCAAAAGUUUAAGUCAACAUGGCUAUGGCUGCUAAUCCUGCCGAAGUACUGAAGCCCUCAGCGGAAAAGACUAACUACAUCAGACUUGCUAGACUUYUGAUGUGUGGUGGUACGAAAAUUGYAAGAGGAGUAUUCGAUUCUAUCAUUCCUCCAUCACAGUUGCCGACAAAGUUGAAUGAGCCGGCUGUUGAAUCAAGAUUAAAACAAAUGAAAAAAGAAAAGAUAUUAUUUUCUUCGCAGUGGAAAGUCCUGUUUCCGUCGCCAGGAGUUUAUGGCAAGUCCGAAUCGUUCGAUAUCACAUUGCUGUUCAAACUCUUAAGAGAAUUCUCUGGAUUGCCAGCGCCUCCUAAAGGAUGGGACGACUUGCCUGACGACAAGGAUCAUUCUUUGUCUGAUGACUUGGCCAGGAUUAAGUAUUAUCGAAACGAACUUUGUCACGCCAAGGAGGACUUGGGAAUCAGCGAUGGCGAUUUCACUACCUGUGGGAAGCGAAUAAAGGAUGCUCUGCUGAGGAUGGUGGGGUCAUUUCCAUCCCUAGGGCCUUCUAAAGAUUGGGAAGAUGAGAUUGAUAAGUUACUCACAGGUCCUAUAACCGACGAAGAUGAAAGAAACAUCGAAGAAUUGAAAUCAUUGUAUCGUCAAGAUAAGGAAGUGAAAGACAUGCUACAAUGUCUUCAAGAUAUGAUAGUGGAUCUACUGACGAAGGAGAAGUUACUAAGCAAAGAUCAGGCUACUGAUUAUGGCCUUUCCUUGGAUGGAGGGUGAUCGAUUUCACAUUGACAAUCUAUAUACUUCACUAACCGUUACUGAGAAAGGAAGAACAGAAAAGAUUGAAGUGGCAAACCUGUUCUCAUCAAGCAAAGAGCCCGUUAGACGUAUUCUGAUAGAAGGAGAAGCAGGUAUUGGCAAAUCAACAUACUGUAAGAAGAUUGCAUAUGACUGGAGUAAGGGUAAGCUAGUAAUCUCCGAUGUUGACCUAGUAUUGGUUAUCAAGUGCUGCGACUUGAAAGAUGGUGACUUAUGGCAGGCCAUCAAGGAACAGAAUUUACCCGAAGAUCUUGGGCAUGAAACUAAAAAAGCUGAAGAAGUUUACGACUACAUUAGGGUCAACCAGCGGAAAAUAUUACUUAUGCUUGAUGGAUUUGAUGAAAUUCCUGCAACUACAGAUACCACAAUGAAACAGAGCAUCAAGGAGUUAGUUACUGGCAAGCUGCUAUCCAACGCUCGUGUCAUCCUUACUUCUCGCCCAGAAAGGUGUUCAGAUAUACGUAAAUCUUUUGACAAAAAGCUAGAAAUGACAGGUUUCAGUUGGAACGACUCCUGUUACUUUAUUAAUCAUUUUUGUUCCUCAUCAUACAACGCAGCUGAAACUAUUUCAUCUCUUGAAAAGACUGCAGCUAUCAGAGAACUAACUCGCUGCCCCUURAAUGCUUCUUUCUUGUGCCUCAUACUUGAAGAGAAGGAAGAUGAUGGCGAGUUCUUUGAGUCGCUUGGCAUUGGUUCCCUUUACCGUGAAAUGGUUUUCUGUGUGAUAAAGAGAUACUGCGUUGAGAAAAAAGGACAGGAAGUCCAAGAUGAUACCUUGCUGGACAAAUACCAUGAGCCACAAGUUGCGUUGGGAAAGAUAGCAUUUAACCUGAUGAAAGACAACCUUACCAAAUUUGGAGAAGAAAAGUUGCCUGACGAUUCGAAGCAWAUUCUGARAGACAUUGGCUUUCUWAUCGAGWACARGWMWUUGAACAWAWYAARGCCAAMAUCUAYAUAYUKCUUCUCUCACUCGUCAAUCAAGGAGUAUUUUGCUGCAUUAUAUGUGGCAGAAUGUUUGAGAAACGGCAACAUUGACACUUUGACAUCCAUCCACGAGUUCACAGAAAACCCAUCAUCAACAGGUAUAGGGAACUCUAACCAUGUCCAGAAUGUUUACUACAGUUUACAGAGAUUCAAUCUGGCCAAGAUGGUGAACCUUUCCAGUAGUGAAGAUCAUAUUAAGCUUAUCAAUGAUCUUGCAUCUCAUUUACCUAAUGACAUUGAUGUAUCUCAAGCUGAGCAUAUCAGGUUUGACUUUAUUUUCUCUUUCAUUUGUGAAAUUCUUGGAAAUUGUAAGGAAGAUGAGGUUACUAAGGUUAUAACUGAGAUCGCAAUUCCAGAUUUGCCGCUUGUAUUAUAUUUAUACAAUGGUAGACAAGCAUUAGAUGGUUUUAUUUCUCUUUUGUCACAAUCUAGAGAAGAAUCCUCUAAAGUAAGAUUUAAGAUCCUACGUCUAGAGGGUUUGCAAGCUGUUUCAUUCUCUAAUCCGAUAGAAAAUUUCAUUGCAUUCUCACGAUUUCUUGGGAAACACAGAUUUUUGAAGACAAUAUAUUUGUCUUUCUUUUCAAAUUUGACGGAUUUUACACUUUUCUUAGAAAAGUUUCAAAGCACCAGUGUAGAAAAUCUUAGCUUGCGCUAUAUUCCCCAAAACAUUAGUAGCAAGGAUUCUAAUAUGUUUACGAUUCUGAGAAGUCUUCGUAACUUGACUCUCCUUGACCUCUCAUACAGCUCAAUAACAAAUGAUCCGCAGUUCUUUAAUUCAGAGGGUCAAUCGACUAGUACCACUGCACUGCGGGUUCUUAAAUUAUGCCAUUGCAAUCUAAGUUUACGCAAUGUUCGUUUCAUUCUUGGUUCUUUGCGCACGAUUACCACUCUUACAGAACUUGAUUUGUCAGGAAAUGACUUCAGUGAUGGUAUCUCUUUUGAACUAAAGGGUAGUACAAUACAAGUACUUGGGAUGAAGACUUGCAAUCUAAGAUCAAACAACCUUGAUUCUAUUUUUUGUUCUUUGCGCAUGAGUGCCAUUCUAAAAGAACUUGAUUUGUCUGGAAAUGACUUUAGUGAUGGUAUCUCUUUUGAUCUAAAGGGUAGUACAAUACAAGUACUUGGGAUGAAGACUUGCAAUCUAAGAUCAAACAACCUUGAUUCUAUUUUUUGUUCUUUGCGCACGAGUACCACUCUAAAAGAACUUGAUUUGUCUGGAAAUGACUUCAGUGGUGGUCUAGGCCGUCUUCGUUUUUUGCGCAAUAGUACCACUCUAAAAGAACUUGAUUUGACUGGAAAUGCAAUAGAUGCCGAGGCCCAAUCGUUAAUUCAAAGUUAUGUUCCUGAUGCCAAGAUCCUUUUUUAG